AUGAAUAAAACGAAAAGGAUGAAGAAGAAUAUCAUCGUCACGAAAAGCGGAAUGGAAGAAGACGCGAUCGAUGCGUACAACAACGCCUCCCCGAUGCCACCAAACGUCGCUCCGGAAGAGUUUGAACGGUUUUACCAGCUGAUUUCGUGCGAAACCACGGAGGAAGUUAUCGCCAAAGCCGAAGAGUUUGGAGAACAAGGUGUACUCACCGAAGGCGUGGUCGCGGCGGCACACGCGAUGUUGGAAGAAUCGAAGAAAAGGAACGACGACGAACGAGUCAUCGCGAGUUUACAAGGCGUUCUGAGUUUUCUCGUGCAGUUGUAUCAAAAGUAUAACGCGCCGCCGACGUUAGGGGUGAUUGAUAACAUCAUAAGAGAGUGGCAAAUCAUGGCGGAAAAAGGCGAAACGACGGACGAAAAGAUGAAGGAAAUAGUUCAAACAGUCGCGAAGGAAGGAAACGUGGAGUUAGCGGAAUUAGCCGGCGCCGUGGAUGGGUUUAAAGCGAGCAUGGACGAACAAGACGUGCAAUUUGAGCAACAAGAGGAGGAAUUGAGAAGUCGACCGGAAGGGGUCACUCCGGAAGUGGACGAAGAGUUGACGCAGAUGCGAACGAUGCGAUUGGCCGCGAAGGAGCAGAUGGUUUUAGUUGGGAAGAUGGUCAAAGAGAUUAUGUAA